AUGUCAGUUCAAGAUAAAGCCUAUUUCUUUCAUUUCUUAGAAUCGGAUAAAAAGGCCCCUGUGGUAUCACCUCCGGAUGGUCCUGCACCCGAUAGUGAGAAGGCAACACAAAUGGCCCAGAACCAGGAAUCUGCGAUAAAUACCAGAAAAUCGCAAUUCCUCAAUUCUCGAAUCAUCUGGCAAGAUCUCUCCAACACUCAAAAUUCUCUAUCUGAGAAUUGCGCAAACCAAAUUGUAAGCUUAGCAAACUCGAACUUGGAAGAUACUGUGAAGAGCAACUUGAUUUCAGAGUAUAAGAACACCGUAAACUCAACGAUUGGGGAUAUACUCGAACACAAAUUUAGAUCAGCGAUUGGUACAUAUAGUUUAUACGAGAAAUCAUACAACACUAUGAACUUUACUCAAUUCUUCAGUGAUUGUACUCGUGAUCCUAAAGUUUGCUUUCAAGGAGGGACACUCGAGCUUUCAUUCGGUCUUGGCGAGGGAGACAAUGAUGGGAGGUAUGAUGAGAAGCUUUGGGAUGUUGUUAAGAGAGAGACGGUCAGUUUCCCUUCUACUGCAUUUACCGAUCUGGAGACUCCAGGUACAGGACAAUCAAAGGCUUAG